AUGGACAUGAUCAAUGAGGCCAACAUUAAUUUGGUCAUUGGGUAUGACUCUCCUGCCAGCACCAAUCCAAACCUAAAUGAUCCAACUAAUGCAGACACAUCCCACGUAGAGGCUGAGGGCAAAGACGAUGUUUACGAGGGAGAGGAAGAUGAGGACGGAGCGGGACAGGCUGGAAGUCCAGGAGCUUCUCCAUCACCAAAUCAGGCUGGAAUACCGAACAAAUCCCAGCGUUUCAGCAGAAAGAGGCACAGAGCGCUGCCCAACAAGCCGCAGGACUUCCAGAUCCGGGUUCGUGUUAUCGAGUGUCGUCAGCUUCCCGGCAACAACAUCAAGCCCGUGGUGAGAGUGAACGCAUGCGGACAGACACAAAGGACCAGGAUUAGGAGAGGUCACAACCCGUUCUUUGAUGAGAUGUUUUUCUACAAUGUCAACAUGAUGCCUUCAGAGCUUUUCGACGAGAGCGUCAGUCUUCGAGUUUAUGAUGCCUUCUCCCUCAGAGCAGACAGUCUGAUGGGAGAGUUCAAGAUGGACGUUGGUUUCAUCUAUGAUGAACCUGGCCAUGCCAUAUUAAGAAAAUGGCUCUUGCUGAGUGAUCCGGAUGACUCCUGCUCGGGGACCAGAGGUUACCUGAAAGUCAGCAUAUUUAUUGUGGGCACUGGAGAUGAGCCACCGACUGAGAAGAGGGGGUCGAACGAGGAGCAGGACGACAUAGAGAGCAACCUUUUGGUGCCAGCGGGCGUCACGAUGCGAUGGGCUACCCUGAAUCUCAAAGUAUAUCGAGCAGAAGAUAUGCCACAAAUGGACGAUGCUUUUGUUCAGACGAUGAAGCAAGUCUUCGGAGGGGAUGGAGACAAGAAAAACUUGGUUGAUCCAUAUUUGGAAGUCAGCUUUGCAGGAAAGAAGCUGUGCACCAAAAUAAUUGAGAAAAAUGCAAAUCCAGAGUGGAACCAAGUCAUCAAUCUUCAGUUUAAAUUCCCAUCCAUGUGUGAACGCGUCAAGCUGACCAUGUACGACUGGGAUCGUCUGAGUAAGGAUGACGCUAUAGGAACCGAGUUUCUGAAUCUAAGCAAAAUGUCUCACUAUGGAGGGGAGCUGGAAGACACACAAACUGAAACCUGCAACAAAGUCUCUGCAAUGAGUCCUGCAGCACCAGAAGGUGGUUUUCUCCCAGCUUUUGGGCCGUGUUACAUCAACUUUUAUGGAAGCCCAAGAGAGUUCUCCGGCCUGCCUGACCCGUAUGAGGAACUCAACUUUGGAAAUGGAGAAGGAGUUGCAUACAGGGGGAGGGUUCUUGUAGAACUUUCCACUCAGUUGGAUGGAAAGGCUGAGAAGAUUGUGGAUGAUAUCUCAAACGAUGACAUCCUUGUGUCGCAGAAAUACCAGCGGAGGAGGAAGUUCUCGCUGUGCACCAUUUUCCACAGCGCCUGCAUGCUCCAAGAGCUGGGUGAGCCGGUCCAGUUUGAAGUCAGCAUCGGGAACUAUGGUAACAAGCUGGACUCCACCUGCAAACCGCUGGCAUCCACAACCCAGUACAGCUUUGCCAUGUUUGAUGGUAAUCACUAUUAUUACCUGCCCUGGGCUGACACUAAGCCUGUGGUGACUCUUACUUCGUACUGGGAGGACAUCAGCCAUCGUCUGGACUCUGUCAAUGGUCUCCUCUUCAUUGCUGACAGACUGGAGUCCCACCUUGCGUCUCUGAAAACAGCCAUGCUGGCCAAAAUGUCCGAGGAUCAUUUGAGAGAGAUUUGGAUCAAACUUCUCAACCACUUGAUUGGAGACUUGAACAGUUUACAGCUUCCGGUUCUAGAUAAUCAGCCCAAUAUUACAGCUCUCGAUCUCCAAAUCAAGACUCUGCGUGAUGCAGCUGUUGGCAGUAUUCGACAGAUGGCCAGCUGUGUGAAAGAAGAGGCCACAGAUGUUAAGUCCACUGUUGGGGACAUCGAAGAGUGGCUGGACAGAAUCAAGCAGCUAGCUGAAGAGCCUCAGAACAGUAUGCCAGAUGUGAUCAUCUGGAUGCUGAGAGGGGAGAAGCGGGUGGCGUACACCCGAGUCCCGGCCCACCGGAUCCUGUUCUCUAACUUUAAUGAGCAGGCAUGUGGCAAAUACUGUGGAAAGACUCAGACCAUCUUCAUGCAGUACCCCAUGGACAAAAACAAAGGUGUGAAGAUUCCUGUUCAGCUCCGGGUCAACAUGUGGCUCGGGCUCUCUGCUCAUGAGAAGAAGUUUAACUCCUUCUCAGAGGGAAACUUCAGCGUGUAUGCUGAGAUGUAUGAGAACCAGGCUCAGGUGUUUGGGAAGUGGGGAACCACCGGUCUCGUCGGUCGUCACAAGUUCUCCGAUGUGACGGGAAAGGUGAAACUCAAACAAGAGCGCUUUCUGCCUCCGCGAGGAUGGGAAUGGGAGCAAGACUGGUUUGUUGACCCCGAGCGAAGCCUGUUGACAGAAGCAGACGCAGGACACACAGAGUUCAUCGACGAGGUCUUUCAGAAUGAAGCCCGUUUCCCUGGUGGGGAGUGGAAGCCUGCUGCAGAACCUUACACAGACGUGAACGGAGAAAAGUCUCAGAGCCUUGAAGAUUUUGAAUGUCCUCCUGGUUGGAGAUGGGAGGAUGAGUGGAGCUUCGACAGUGACAGAGCUGUUGAUGAGAGAGGCUGGGAAUAUGGAGUCACAGUACCCACUGAUGACAAACCUAAAUCCUGGGUGGCAGCAGAGAAAAUGUACCACAACCACCGCAGGAAGCGACUCCAAAGAAAAAGGAGGAAGGUUUCUGAAAACACAACUCCUGCUGAGAGAAGAGAACCGGGCGAAGGCUGGGAAUACUCCUCUCUGAUUGGCUGGAAGUUUCACCGAAAGGAGCGCUCCUCAGACACGUUCCGUCGCCGGCGCUGGAGGAGAAAGAUGGUCCCAUCAGACCGUAUCGGCGCCUCCGCCAUCUUCAGACUCGAAGGAGCAUUAGGGGUUGAUGUUGAUGAGAAGACCAGUAAAACGGAUGCAGCCAAACUAUUUGGUGCCAACACACCCACUGUUUCCUGCCACUUUAGCCGGUCGUACAUUUACCAUCUGAGGGUGUACGUUUAUCAAGGGAGAAGCCUCUGUGCAAUGGACAAAGACAGUUUUUCAGAUCCCUACGCCCACGUGUCAUUUCUUCACGUCAGCAAGACUACAGAAGUCAUAAGAACCACUCUGAACCCCACAUGGGACCAGACUCUCAUCUUUGAGGACAUUGAAAUCUUUGGAGACCCAAAAACUCUCGCCUGCAACCCCCCAGAUGUGGUGCUGGAGCUGUAUGACAGCGAUCAAGUGGGGAAGGAUGAGCCGAUGGGCCGCUGCACUUGUCCCCCUGUGGUGAAACUUCAUCCCAGCAUGACUGUCAGUCCGAAGCUGCUGUGGUUCCCAGUCACCAAAAAAGGUCGCAGUGUUGGAGAGGUGCUUCUCGCUGCAGAGCUUCUACUGAAAGACAAAGCGAGUGAAGGAGACAUGCCUCUGGUGCCGCCUCGACGGGGGGAGAAGCUCUACAUGGUUCCUCAGGGAAUCAGACCAGUAGUGCAGCUGACAGCAAUCGAGGUUUUGACUUGGGGUCUGAGGAACAUGAAGAGCUUCCAGCUGGCUUCUGUGUCCUCCCCCAGCCUGAUAGUGGAGUGUGGGGGUGAGAUUGUUCAAACAGCUGUGAUCAAAAACUUCAAAAAGAACCCCAACUUCCCUGGAUCUGUGCUGCUCCUAAAAGUGCUCCUUCCCAAAGAGGAAAUGUACACCCCUCCCAUCGUGCUGAAAGUCGUCGACCACAGGCCCUUCGGCAGGAAACCAGUGGUGGGACAGUGCACCAUUGACUGCCUGAAGCAGUUUCGCUGUGACCCAUAUCUUCGUAACAGUGACAUCUGCAUGCCAGCGAGAGUGGCGAUGAGAACAGCCGCCCAAGGAGAUGUUGUCAUAGACAUGAAUGACAGAGCCAUUAUGAAAACUGAGUUUCGAGCACCAAAGGAGGAGGAUGCAGUCGACUGGUGGUGUAAGUUUUAUGCCUCUGUGGGGGAGCAGGAAAAAUGUGGGCCUUACCUAAAGAAGGGAUACGACACCUUACAGGUUUACAAGCGUGAAUUAGAAAGUGUUCAGGAGUUUCAGGGACUGACAGAUUUCUGCAGCACUUUCAAGCUUUAUCGGGGAAAAACUGAGGAUGACGAGGAGGACCCCUCAGUGGUGGGCGAGUUCAAGGGUUCGUUCAAGAUUUACCCGCUGUCUGACGACCCAGACGUACCUCCUCCACCUCAGCAGUUCAGAGAGCUUCCUGAGAGAGGACCGCAGGAGUUCCUGGUCAGGAUUUAUGUGGUGCGCUGCAUUGACUUGCAGCCUAAGGAUACAAAUGGCAUGUGCGAUCCAUACAUCAAGAUUCAGCUUGGGAGGAAAACACUGGAUGACAGGGAUAAUUACAAACCAAACACCCUCAAUCCAGAAUUUGGAAGGAUGUUUGAGCUGUCCUGCUUCCUGCCUCAGGACAAAGACCUGAAGAUCGCUGUGUAUGACUACGACUUACUGAGCAGAGAUGAAAAGGUUGGUGAGACGGUCAUCGAUUUGGAGAACAGGUUCCUGUCUUGCUUCAGGUCCAGCUGUGGCCUGCCACAAACGUACUGUGUGUCAGGGAUCAAUCGGUGGAGAGAUCAAUUGAAACCUUUGCAGAUCCUUCAAAACUUGGCUAAAGAGAGGGAUGUUCCUCCUCCACGUGUAGAAGGAGAUGGCAGCUCACUGUCUUUCUCAGGAAAACAAUACAGCCUGCAGGAUUUUGAGUCAAACACUGAGAUUCACCCACACUUGGGUCCAGCCAGGGAGAGGCUCGCCCUCCAUGUUCUCAGAAACCAAGGUCUGGUACCAGAACAUGUUGAGACCAGAACCCUGUACAGCUCACAUCAACCAAAUCUGUCCCAGGGAAAAGUUCAAAUGUGGGUCGAUAUUUUCCCCAAAAGGCUUGGUCUGCCUGGACCUCCGUGCGUUAUCACUCCACGUAAAGCCAAAAAAUAUUUUCUUCGAGUUAUCGUUUGGAACACAACAGACGUCAUUCUGGACGAAACGAGCAUCACUGGAGAAAACAUGAGUGACAUCUAUGUUAAAGGCUGGAUGCCCGGAAUGGAAGAGGACAAGCAGAAAACUGAUGUCCACUACAGAUCUCUGGAUGGAGACGGGAAUUUCAACUGGCGGUUCAUCUUUGGAUUUGACUACCUGCCUGCUGAGCAGCUGUGUGUCGUCUCAAGAAAAGAGCACUUUUGGAAUCUGGACAAAACCGAACACAGGUUUCCUCCUAAACUCAUCAUCCAGAUAUGGGACAAUGACAAAUUCUCCCUUGAUGAUUACCUAGGUUCUGUGGAACUUGACCUGCUCAGUCUGAUCCCUCCUGCUAAGUCCCAUGAGAAGUGCAGCCUGAAGUUGCUGCCGGGGAUGAUGGGACCAUCUGUCUCCUCCAAAAGCUCACUUUUCUCCCAGAAGUCCGUGCGGGGCUGGUGGCCGUGUGCAAUAGAGCAGGAUGGAAAACCUGUGCUUGGAGGAAAAGUAGAGAUGACUCUGGAAAUCGUAGAAGAAAAAGAAAUGGAGGAGAGACCUGCUGGAAAAGGUCGAGAUGAGCCGAACAUGAAUCCAAAACUGGAUGCACCCAACCGCCCUGACACGUCUUUUUUCUGGUUUACGAACCCUUGCAAGACCAUGAAGUUCAUAGUGUGGCGCAGAUUCAAGUGGAUUUUCAUUGCAGCGGUUCUUCUUCUGCUGGUUAUCCUGUUCCUUGGGAUCCUGUUCUAUUCUCUCCCCAAUUACAUCUCCAUGAAAAUCAUAAAACCUUUCUCCUAA